AUGAGCAACUCCAGUCCCAACACAAACCCCAUCUCCAAGCCCACCUCCCACCCCAGCGACGACCACGACCCCAACUCGCGCCGCGCCUCCCACGCCAUCCUCGCCGCCCAAGGCAUCGACCCGCUUGACGUGGCCGACCCAGCCGACGACAACUGGGACCGGGACCCUGCCAGGCUACACACCCACACCCCGACCCAGAAGACCCCGACUCCGACCCAGACCCCGACUCGCAAACGAGGCUGGGGCCAGACCGAAGUCCGCACCGGCACCGUCUCCACCACCACGCCCACCACCACCCCUCCGCAUUCGCCACGCCGCCGGGAGGAGUCGCUUUACCCGGAGUUUACGACACAGGGUCCCUCGCUGAGGUUUUUGAAGGCGCAGGGGGUGGAUCCGUUGGAUGUGGCGGAGGAUGAGGACUGGGAGGGGCGGGGGGGGAAGAAGAGGAAGGUUGGGGGGGGGUGGGGCCCCGGUGUGAAAAAGGAGGAGGAGAAGAAGAAGGAUGGUGCGGUGGGGGGUGGUGAUGAUGAUGAGGAGGAGGUGGAGGAGGAGGAGGACGAAGAAGAAGACGAAGAUGCGAGGGGCGAAGAACCAGAAGAAAGCGAAUUUGAGAGGAGAGAACGAGAGCUGGAAUUUCCACCCUCGCGGUUGGAUUACUGGGAGCCCAUGGACGACUACACGAGGGAUGUGCGGCGCCGGUGCACGGUUGCCGGCGAUGAGCCUCACAGGCCAAGGGGUGCGCCAGAGUAUGCGACGUGGUUCGGCGAGAAGCGGGAGGAAGCGGAACGCUUCCAAGAGUUGAAGUUGGCGAUGGACGGUUACUUCUAUGGCAUCAAGCCGCCCUUCGCCCGGUGCGCCCUCUGCGCCGACGCACAGCUCUCUCUCCGCUUUGUGCCUAUCUACAUACCCCGCGACGCCAAAGACCGCGAGGAUAUGCCGGAUCUUGAGCGUGGCGCGGUGCUCAUCUGCGGGCACAUGGUCUGCCGACCUUGUUGGGAGCGGGUGGUGGAGUUACACAACAAGGAAGCCGAAGCGGACGCCGAAGCGCUUGAGCGACGGGGGGCCUACCCACCUCUCCAUUGUCCGGUCUGCCGCGUCGAACUGUGCCAUCCGCGCUGCGAGUGCCACAUCGCCGCCCACCGCAUGCCGCGGAGCCUCGAAGACCCGCAGGCGAGCCAGUAUUACUGCAGUCAUUGGGGUAACUAUUACUCCUACCUCGACGACGGGUGGAUGGAAGAGAUGCCGCCGGUGCUGCACAACUCACACAUUCACGGCAACUUUGAUGCUGUGAUUCCAAACCGGUGCGAUGAGUGCAUCGCCAAUCCAAGACACAAAUGGGAUGCCGGUAUUCAAGUCCCUCGCGCCUUUAAAUUAGGGGACCUAAGGCCAGGAUAUGAUGAGUGA